AUGGCGCAACCUACGUCCAAAGAUGCAGACGUCGAAGACGUCUGCUUAGUAGAGGUAGGGGCAGAAGGAGCAGAAGGAGCAGAAGGAGCAGAAGGAAGGAAUAGCGAGUCCGACCCGCCGGCAACGAGGGCAGACAGCCUUGCCAGGCUGGAAUCUCUUGACCAGCCCGUGCCAGCAGUGCAGGUUUGCGUGCGCCUGAGGCCCCUCCUGCCAUGGGAGAGAUCUGAAGGUUAUGGUCCCAGCGCGAUGAAUCUCAUUCAGGGCGACAAGGAAGGCAAUGACAGCAGCAUCUCUCUGAAGGAGGAUGGCCGGACCCGUCACUUUCGCUUCAACGCAGUCAUCAGCCCUGAUUGCACGCAGCAGGAAGCAUGGGACAUGUCAGGCAUUGAGGCCGUCGUCAACAAAGUUGCGCUGGGCUUUCAUGCCACUGUUUUUGCUUACGGCCAGACAGGCACUGGGAAAACUCAUACCAUGGAGGGCUACCUGUACGAACACCACAAUGGCAGCGCUGCCCCUUCGAUCUCCGCUGCACGCCCACGUGUCAAGGCUCGGUCAACGCCACCAGAGCAGCUAGGCAUGGUGCCGCGGGCUGUGAUGGCAUUGUUCGACCGGGUCGAAGCCAUUCGGGCAAAGGAAGCCCUUGGAGCAAACGCUUGUGUGGUUCGUGUAUCCUUUCUUCAGAUUUACAAUGAGAAGGUCUUUGACUUGUUGAACCCAUCCCUGAGCGUCUCACAGCGGGAAGCCGGCGGACGUGGCGAGGAUUUUUCUGGACUUCGAAUGCGCUGGGAUGCGCUGAAGCGGCAUUUUUUUGUGGAAAACUUGUUUCAGAACGAGUGCAACUCCGCUGACGAGGCGCUUCAAUACUACCAGGCUGGCAUCGCCAACAAGCAUGUGGCAUCUACUGCCAUGAACGUCGCAUCAUCCAGAUCGCACACUGUGUUGGUCUUGACGUUGCUCAGGAGGGAGGGCAUGCCCGGGGAUGAUGGCACCCCUGAGCCAUUUCGGGAGGUAGUUUCGCAGCUAUCUUUGGUUGACCUGGCUGGCUCUGAGCGCACAGUGAGCACGGUCGCCAGCACGAGCGGCAAGAGCAGCACGCGCUUCCAGGAGGCGGUCAACGUCAAUCAAUCACUAUUCGUUCUGCGACGAGUGAUCACAGCACUCAGCAAGAAGGACAGCAAGGGAAACGACGCCAGCGGCCACGUGCCCUAUCGAGAAUCCAAGCUGACAUCGCUGCUACAGAACAGCUUGGGUGGAAGUAGCUAUUUGAUUAUGUUUGCAUGUCUGGCAGCGACUGACAGGCAUGAUGACGAAAACCUGAGCACUCUGCAGUACGCGUCGCAAGCUGCGAGCAUCAAGAACCAGCCUCAGGUCAAUAUUGACCCAAAGGAUCGCGCCAUCCAGCAGCUGCAAGCCAAGCUCGGAGCAGCACACCGGUACUUGCUCCGAGCGAUGGGACUCCAAGAGCUGCCAGAGGAUCUGCUCCAGGAGGAGCUCGCAGCAGCGACUGCUGCGAGUGGUGCUAAGGCCAAGGCUGUCAAGCCCAGGCCUGCUAAAACGCCGAGGCGCCCAACGAGUCUUGGUCCAAACCCUCCAAAGGAAGUUCCCAAGCGGAUGGAUAGCAAAACUGACAGGGUCGAGAGGGUCGAGAAAACAACAUCCACCACCACCACGUCCACAAGCUGGAGCGUCGGAGACGCGGAGCCCUGCCGGGAAGCAGAUGCUACUUCGGGAACGUCUUCCUUUCAAGCCGCCCCUCCAGCUGCACCUGUUCCUUCGCACCGUCGCCUUGCAGACCGCUACGGUCCUGCCAAAACUCUUAACCGCUUUGUUCAAGGCAGGUGGGAUGCCAUGCCGCGCUCGCCGAAAUUUUUCGUCUUUGCAUUUUCAGAAACAGCUUGUAAACUUGCAGGCGCAGUUCAGAAGUCACCGAGGAGCUCUGACUGGCCGUUCUUCGCGAGGAGGCCUGUUUUUGUCAUGCAUGUUGGAAUGCCCGCGGCAUCCAGCAACUCACACUCUGAGUUGCGUUGUGCUAGAAGCCCUGAGGACAGAGGGUGGGGAGCUCUUCGCGGCAGUUGA